AUGGAGGCAGCUUGGCCAAACCUGUUAACCGGCAGAAAAGAUAGGGAGUUUUGGGCUUAUGAAUAUGUGAAACACAGUGGAUGUGGCGGUUUUCCUACCCAGAACGACUACUUUGAAAAAACCCUUGCAUUGUGGGCUAAAAACAAUAUUUCCAAAUUUUUUGAGGCUAGCGAUAUCAGGCCAGGACACAACAAGUAUACCCUUGAUGAUCUUGAGAGGGCAAUUCAGAAGAAAACCCAGCGCUUGCCUCUAAUUCGAACUUUCAAGGAGUUGAAAAAUGCGACGACGGAAUAUUUUUUGUGGGAGGUUAUAAUCUGCUAUGAUCAAGUGGGCAAAAGCCGGAUUGAUUGUCCUCUUCAUCCUGCCCCGGAAAGCUCACAAUCAAAGGCCAAUAUAUUGUAUGGUCAACCACCGGAAACUGGGAAGACUAAUAGCAAAGGAGAAGGAUCUGACCGAAAAAGAGAAAAAUAG